GGCUUAAUAUGUAUAAUAUUUUAAAUGUGACUCGAGUUUGCGUUCGAUAAGUAAGAAAAUAAAGUAAUUUCUUCAUAUCAGAAUCUGUUCAGUUUCAACAGAAUAAACGGAAUGACGGGAUAAAAUUGUGUAAUAUGAUGAUCAAAAUCGUCUGUUUGUUUUUAUUAUGAUCUUAAAAUUAAAACAGCACUUAAUGUCGCAUGUUAUUUUGUGCAAAAUCACUAUUCCAUCAGUGUAGUUUUUUUUAAAAAUCUUCUGCUAAAUAUUAAUAUCAUUAAAUUUUGCAGUAAAAGUUCAAGGACUGAAAUUUUAACAUUGCCUGUUUAAAUCAGAGCAAAAAUAAUUAUAACUGCCAUUUAAUUACUUUUAUGUAACGUUUUUAGUUAUGAAUUCAAUUUAUUUUGAAAAACAAUGUUAUAGUCAUUUAUAACAUUUAUGGCACUGAUUGUCAGUAAUCUGUAUGUUUAUCAGGAAACAUCUGAUUUUAAUCGAAAAUGGAUUCCAUCUAAAGUUUUUGUGAAUUGCAAUGGUGUUAUUGAAGUUUUGUCUCAAAAUGAAAGAAAGAGAGAUUUUAACUUGUCAAGUGAUUGGGAUGUUCAAGCACCAAAUGACACUGUCUGGAAUAAAGUGCCCACUCUACCAUUUCAAAGAUCUGUUCGAGAAACAUUUUUUAUUUGCAAAAAGAAAGGAAAAGAAGCCCCAAUAUGGUUUCUCGCUAAUUCAGAGCAUGAUAGAAAUCACUGGUUUACGACUCUAGCUCCAUUUACUCAAAAGCGACCUUUGCCCUACGGAGAUUAUGACAAUUGGACCUAUCCUGAUCAAUAUGAAUCUGAGUCGAAUCGCUUGACAUCAUUUCAAAGAAAAUCACUGACUCCCCAGCAUCGGUCAGGGUCUUACACUGUACAGGAGACUGUAAGGAAGAGUCCCAAACUACAAGAUGUAGCCUUAUCUCCUCCAUGCAGGUCAGGGUUUUAUUCUGUUCAAGAGUCCCAGAAAAGGAGUUCUAAGCAGCAUGAUGUAGAUUCUGUCUCACACGUGCUUCAAUCUGAAUCUGUGCCCAUAAAAUCUGAUCAAAAUGACAGCAUAUGCUGCCACUGGUGUGGUGGUGCUUUAUCAUGCUUUUUCAGUAUCUUUGGUGUAUGCUUACAGCAAUGCUGCUUAAGUGUAUCAUCUGUGGUUAAUUGAAUAUUCAGUUCCGAAUGUUGUGAUUGUGUUAAUGUGAAGGACCGAAAUCAAGAGAAUGUUGACUUUCACCGGUGAAUGUCAACAAUCACAUUGUCGCUUUGGUGAAUGUCUAAAUAUAUUUGUUAUAUCUGAUUUUAUAUUAAUUUAUUCGUUGAUAUUAUUAUAUUCAUUCGAUAUUUCAAUAUUUACUGAGGAUAGAUUGGAAGAAAAUCAGUGUUACACCAGUUAAACGCAUGCUACCAAUUAAAUGCUAAACAUCGGUUAAAUGCAUGUUGGGCUGUGACCUUAAAAAAUAUUGAUAUAGGACAUACCGGGCAAAUGUAUACCAGGCAGUGGCACUGAACUGGACCUAGUAUGUAUUUAGGACAUUUAUCAAAGCGAGUAUGUGAUUGUCAACAUUCACCGAUGGAAGUCAGCAACCACCAAUUUUGGUCAUUCAUAGUAACAAUUGCAUAACGUAAAGUUAUGUGUCUUUUUAUAUCUACAAGAUAGGGUUAUUAAUUUACAAUCUAAUGACUCCUUAAAAUGUUGUGUAUAUUACCUUCCCUUUUUAUGUGUUUCAAAAUAACCUCAACCUGCCAUAAUUCAUUUGAUAUCCGUACUUUGGUCUGAAAGUUCUAGAAACAACUCUUAAAUCCUUAAUCAGAAUGCUUUUAAUUCUGACCCUGGUAGCAGAAACUCUGCAGCAAAUUUUAAUGGAAAAGUAAGUUUAAACAGAACAAAAGAAACAUGAAUGCAAUACAGGACUUCAUCAGGGGACACUCUGCAUACAUUUAUGAGGGUACUUUUCUGCGAAUUACUAUUACUGUUUAACAAAACCAAAUUGCUAUUUGUGCCCUGAAACCCCAUUGGGGGAAAAAAUCUGAAAUAUAGAAAAUAUAAAAUCAGAUUAACAUGAAAUGUUAUACAAUUUAUAAACUGAAAAUAAAUAAAGUAUUCAGAAAAAAAAUCGUUAAAAACUCGCCAAGGAACAAAAUAUUAUUCUCAAGCCUUUUUUUUUUGUUUGAUGUCUCAAAUACAUGUGUGUGUUUGACUUGUGUCUGUUUUUGUCUUUGGAGAUGAAUUAUCAAAUUAGCAUUUAUAUAAAUAUCAUUGCCAGCAGAGAACGGAAUAAUAAAGAAAUCUGAACUGCCAGAUUAAAAACAUUUUAGAACCAACCAAAAUGUAGUCACUCUGUGUUGCUAUCUACUAAACAGAUUUAAUUUGGAAAACAUAAGAAAAUAUAUUAGGAGAUAAAAACCAUUCUUCACCAUGAAGUUUCUUUGUUCUGUUUCAGUUUACUCUUCUAUUACAAUUUAAAUAUAAUUUGCUGAUAUUUUUAUUAAGUUAUUUGAAGACUAAUUUUUAUUUUAUGCUGCUUUAGUGCUUUCCCACUUCUGACUUUAUUUUACAGUUUUUUUUCUGGUGCAUCUGCAAAUCGAUUUUUUAUUUAGGAAUAUGUUUAAAAGAUAUUAAGAACUUAUGACCUAAAAGCAGUAUCAAUUGAGGACUUAAUUUGCGUGAUAAACUUGUGUAUUCAAAGUACAGGAAUGCAUUAAGGCAGGUUACUUUGAAAUUUAUUAAAUAGGUUUGUAAUUUACAUAUUUUAAGGAGUUAUUUUAUUCAUCCUGAAACACAACAUGCAUCCUAGUUAAUGUUCCUAAUAUUUUUAUACAUAAUUCAUAUUUUUGUAAAUGAAUUUUUUUCUUAGCCAAAGAAGAUAUGUAUACUGUAAAAAAAUUAAAAUAUUAAGAUGUAACAUAUACAACUAAAGCUUUUAUAUUAUACAUUUGAAUUUCUUUCUUUUUUUAAUCAGAUGGUUUUUUUAAAAUAAUCAUCAAAUAUUGUGAAUAGUUAUUAGAUUCAUAACUAAAUAUCAAGAUAAAAAAAUAUUUUUUCUAACAAUAUUUAAAUUUGUUUAAAAUGCAGAAUCAUAUAUUUGUAUGGUAAAGAAAUUAAAAUCUGUUGAAAGUUAAAUGUUUAAAUAAAUUUAGCUUGCAUUGCCAUUGAUAUACAUUCAACAUUACAUAACUUUAAUACUGCCACUACGUGCCAGUAGCCAAAGUGCCUAAUGUUUCUAAAUUAUAUAAAGUUUGAAGGAAAUGUCAUUCUAAAUUAUUUUUCAUCCUUCUAUAAAUAAUGUCACUUGAAAAACUUAUUUUUAUGAUAAGAAAUAUAUUUUUACGUGUUAAUUUUAUACAAAUGAAACCUUUAUACUAAAUUUUUAGAUUAUGAAGUUUUUAUUAAGAUUUUUUUUUUAUAAGACUAUGAUACUUAAAAGAUUUUUUAAUAAGAUUCUACAACAGUUACUACUGAUGAGAAAGUUUUAAUGUAUAUUUAAAUAGUUAUCUAAUUGAUAAAAAUUAGAGAAACAAAAUGAAGCCUAUGUAUGAUGAACACUUGCAGUCCAUGAUUCUAAAAAUCAAUUCAUUCAGGGUUGAGUCAGUGUGGGUGUUUAUCAAAUUUUAUACCACUUAUACUGUUGUAAUUCAUUAAAAUGUACAUAGUUUAUAAUUUAACUUAUCAACUUACAACUUAAUUAAACAAGUAACUACUAAGCUAGUAUCCUAUAUAUCAUAAGAAAUUAGUUUAAUUUUCAAAACAGUAUUUUAAUAUCAAACUUAUAAAAUGAAGGGGAAAAAAACAGAAACAAAUAUGCAUAUUUUAUUACUAUUGUAUGUCUGUUAUUUAUAUUAGGCCUUUGGAAAUAAAAAAAAAUCUGUUAUUUAUUAUAAUUAAGUUUUUUUUUCUUCAAUAUGCAAUUAGAAAACUUAACAUUUAAGUUAAACGCUAUUAACUUAAACAUUUUAAGUUUAAUUUUCUUACUUUCUAAGCUUAUUUCUUUUUAAGUUAAUUCUUUAGUUCUAAGUUAAUUAUUCUUAAGUUAAUUCAUUUUUUCUAGUUUACUGUUUCUUUUUAGUGAUAUGUAAUGUUUAUAUAUUUUUUAUCCAUUGAGCAUUUGAUAUGAAGUUAUUUUUUAUGCUAUAUUUUAUUUCAAACUAUAAACUAAAUCUUUCUAACCAGUGUUGCAGUGCUAAAAAAAAAUUUUUUUUUAACCAAAAUACUGUGUGAUGGAAUGUUAAAUUAUCAAAGAUAAAUUUCGAUCAACCAUUAUCAAAUUAUCUAAAGUGAUUGAAGUUUUUCCUUAUUUCAUUUUAUUAUAGCCUCUCAAAUCUUCCUCAUCACUAAAAUCAAAAUUUUCCAAUAAAAAAUCCCCCAAUUAAAAUAAUUCUAAUUCCUUUUACAAAAGAUUUGUAACUUUUAAUCAUUUAAACUCAUACAGAUGUAUUAAUGAUAUGCCUUUAAAUUAAGCCCCUUAGGAGUUUGCUUUCUUAUGAAAUAUACGGGUUACAUAGCCUCAUUAUCUAAAACUUUUUGUUUAAUGCUUGGUGUAUUUAUGGCCCUACCCUGUGAAUUUAUGGCCCCUGAAUAAUGUCUUGAUGGUAGAUUGCCAUUCUACCAUCUAAUUCUCUUGAAUGUUAAUAGCAAAAAAAAUUUAUAAAUAUGUAAAAAAAAAAAAAUUGUAACUAAUGAUAAUAGCAUGUUAUUUUUACGCUGUUUUGCAAUUUUGAUAGUCACAUUAGAUUUUAGUGCUUUCAAUUUAGUAUUUUUAUGUGAUUUUAAUAACAAUGUGUGAUAUUACCAAAAAUUUAUUUAUUGUAUCUGCUUUUUAAGGAAUGUUUACUUAAUUUUAGUAUUUAUUAAAAGUUCGUUCUGUCUACUUCUUUUCAUGUUAUAUGUUGCUAUAUUGUAAUUUCUUUAUUAUUAUUUUUUGAUCUCUAUAUACAAUUAUAACAAUAUAAUAGUACAGUAACCUUUUUGAGAAACUUUUAAUCUGAAUUGUCUUUCAAUGAUCUCAUCUGCUAAAAGGCUAAUUUAUAAACAAUGGGAUAAAAUACAGAUUAAUCUUUCCCUUUAAUUCUGACAAAAAAUUUGCAUUUUUGUAGGGGUAGGGGUUAAACAGUACUGAUUAUUAAACAAAAAAAUCAACGUGUUUGUCAAAAAUGUUAAUAAUCGUAAUUACAGGAAAUAAAUAUAAACAAUGUAUAAAACCAUAUAAUUUAAUUAAAUAGAUUUUAGAAAUGUAAUUACAAAAUAUUCUGAAUUAUAUUUUACUUCAGUUAGCUUUUAAUUACGACAUUUGUUAUCAAUUUGUUUAUAUGAAAAAUGUCAGCAUGAUAUCACAACCCCUGUAAUCAGUGAACAAUAAACAAAUGAAAUAAAGAAAACCGAAAUAUGAAGUUAAACGUAUUUAAUGCAAAUUCACAAAAGAUUUAAUCCCAAUCUUCAAGACCAUCAAAAGAAAAAAUAGAACUGUCAUAGAAAAUAAUGUCUAAACUCACAUUAUUAAGAGCGUCAAUACUAAUUGGAAGCUAUCUUUGCUUCCCGAAAAAUGAAAGCAAACUACGCAACCUCACGCUAUACCAGCGUUAUCUCAUCCUCUUGAAUAAUUUGAAUAACGGAAAACCUUUUUCUUCUAUUUAUUCACCUGCCCUCUUUCUACCUGUUUUGUAUGUGUAGGGACCGAUGGUGUACGGUGUUGGUUCUCGUUAAACUGUUCUACCGUAAAGUGCUCGACUUCGCGUGCUGAUCGAUGGACGGGGAUGGGGGUGCCAUCCCCUCUGCAGAGGAGCAAAAUUGUGAUGGCAUGUCUUUGGAUCACCCUCAGGGUUGUUUCCCAGACCAUCGCCACUAGCCCACUGGUGCAGCUUUAAAGUGCAACAUAAAUGAACCACCACAACAAAAUCUACCUGUUUUGUCUUUGUUUUCCUAAAGAGGCAAUUUCGCUAUGACACAAUUCUGAUAAAAAUGAUCUAUUUAAUUUAUCAUAGUGCAGUUGCUACCAACUGAUUCAAUUCUUUCAGUCAUAGUUAGCCUUGAUUUGUAAGUCUACUUCUAGUUUGCAUUAAAAUGGCAAAUUCCUUUAUUGACUUAAAUUUAUAUUUUAAGUACAUAAUGCUCUAUACUUUUACAUAAAUUGUUGUGGAAUUUUGUAAUGUGUAUCUCAAUACUGUGCACGUCAUUUAUUACAUGUACGCAUAUUGAACAAUGUAUUGUAUAUCUUACAUUUAUUUCUUCUUAAUAGAUUGUUUUCGAGCUUUGAA